ACUUUCUUAGAAGAAAUACUUUUACACCUCUCAUUCUGACCAGGUGUUAGUGUGGGAAAAAGGUUAAAAGGUGGAAACUACAAGAGAAGAGAAUAGAGAUAGAAUCUGAACCACUUAAUUAUAAUCAGCACAACUCGUGCUACACAGGUGAACAAAAAAUUUGAAUGGUCUAAAAGCUAUUCAAAAAUAUAUAGGAAGUAUAAUUCAAACAAGUAAAUGCUGCUGAAAUUGUUGAGAUCAGUAGCAAGAAGUGGCACUUUCUUUACUUUAUUUCAACUAACGUUGCUAUUCGCAGAAACUCAGAAAGACCAAGGUUUUGCUUCUUGUUGAUGAGUGGUGCAUUAUAAGUCUGCUUGUGUAAGCCAAAGUUGGGUCACUUUCUCAUCAUGCGAUUUUUAUAAUCGUUGAUAUUGCUUGAAAUUUGGUGGAUAGACUCUAGUGGAUAUCUACUAGUAGAAUUUUUUUUAAUUAUUUGGGAUAAACUAGGCUGAGGUGAGGUGAGAAGGUAACAUAAAGGACAGACAAAAACUUGGGAAUUGUUUUAGACUACCAAGGUUUCUUGUUUAAGCAUGUCUGUUGCUUUGUUGUGGGUUGUUUCGCCAAAUUCCGAGGUCUCAAAUGGGACAGGAUUCUUGGAUUCAGUACGAGAAGGGAAUCGUGUCCCUGGUCGGGAUAGGAACUCGAUGUGGAAAGAGAGAAUCAAGAAAGGUGGGAGACAGAGGUGGAAUUUUGGGUCUUUAAAUGCAGGCUUGAGAUAUUCGGACUUGGGAGGAUCAAGAACUGGAAAUGGAAGCAGUUUCGCUGUACAGUCCAGUUUGGUAGCUAGCCCAGCUGGAGAAAUGGCUGUGUCAUCAGAGAAAAAGGUGUAUGAUGUGGUGUUGAAGCAGGCAGCUUUAGUUAAGAGGCAGCUGAGAUCUACCGAUGACUUAGAGGUGAAGCCGGAUAUUGUGCUUCCGGGGAAUUUGGGCUUGUUGAGUGAAGCAUAUGAUCGUUGUGGCGAAGUAUGUGCAGAGUAUGCAAAGACAUUUUACUUAGGAACCCUGCUAAUGACUCCAGACAGAAGAAGAGCUAUCUGGGCAAUAUACGUGUGGUGCAGGAGAACUGAUGAGCUUGUUGAUGGCCCUAAUGCAUCACACAUAACUCCACAAGCUUUAGAUAGGUGGGAGGCCAGGCUGGAAGAUAUUUUCAGCGGGCGGCCAUUUGAUAUGCUUGAUGCAGCUUUAUCCGAUACCGUUUCCAGAUUUCCAGUUGAUAUUCAGCCAUUCAGAGAUAUGGUUGAAGGAAUGCGUAUGGACUUGUGGAAAUCCAGAUACAUGAACUUCGAUGAGCUAUAUCUCUAUUGUUACUAUGUCGCUGGUACAGUAGGAUUGAUGAGUGUUCCAAUUAUGGGCAUUGCACCUGAAUCAAAGGCAACUACGGAGAGUGUAUAUAAUGCAGCUUUGGCUUUAGGGAUUGCGAAUCAACUAACCAAUAUACUCAGAGAUGUAGGAGAAGAUGCAAGAAGAGGAAGAAUAUACUUACCUCAAGAUGAAUUAGCACAGGCAGGGCUCUCCGGCGAAGACAUAUUUGCUGGAAGAGUGACUGAUAAGUGGAGGAUUUUUAUGAAGAAGCAAAUUCAGAGGGCAAGGAAAUUCUUUGAUCAGGCAGAGAAAGGAGUCGCAGAACUGAGCUCUGCUAGUAGAUGGCCGGUGUUGGCAUCGUUGCUGUUGUAUCGCAAGAUAUUAGAUGAGAUUGAAGCGAACGACUACAACAACUUCACAAGGAGGGCUUAUGUGAGCAAGCCAAAGAAGCUUCUCACCUUGCCCAUUGCUUAUGCAAGAUCUCUUGUGCCCCCCAAGUUAACUUCUUCUUCACUAACAAAGACAUGAAUGAAGUUGUUGAGAACACAAUUAAUAAGUCCUAUACGUUUAAACAAAAUCAAGGUACAUGUAAAUGAGAUAUCUUUUGCUACAUUUGUAUCAUCAUCAAAAGUAGAUUGUAAAUUCAAUAUGACGAUUUCUUGGUAGAUGUUUCUUCACAUACUCAAACCCCCUAGGGUGAAAUGUUAUUAGUUGAUGUAAAGAAUUUACUUCCUCCCA